UCAAAUAUAUACAUCUUUUGAAGAAAAAAGUUUUAUUUUUUUCUUUUGGGCUUUUUUGUUUCUAAGGUUUAUGCAAAUGGCUGGAGGUGAUCAAGCAGAUAUGGCAGUUCACUCUCUUGGAUCUAAACUUUCUUUAAUUUCAGAUCAUGAACCUGAAAAAUGUGGCAAUAAUAAUGUCACCAAUAAUCACCAACAAAGACCUUGCUUUGAUCCUUCUCUUGUUUCUCCUAAGGUCGUACCACCUAUCUCGGUGGCUGCAGAGAGUGAUCAAGCUCUUCGUCGGCCUCGAGGGCGACCUGCUGGGUCCAAAAACAAGCCUAAACCACCCAUUAUUGUUACCCGAGAUAGCGCUAAUGCACUACGAGCUCAUGCCAUUGAGGUUAGCACUGGGUGUGAUGUCAACGAGAGCCUCUCCAACUUCGCUCGGAGGAAGCAGCGUGGCGUCUGCAUUCUUAGCGGUAGCGGGUGUGUCACUAAUGUUACGCUUCGCCAAGCUGCUUCCUCUGGUGCCAUUGUCACUCUGCAUGGCCGUUUUGAGAUUCUUUCAAUGUUGGGGUCGAUCUUACCACCACCAGCACCGUCGGGAAUCACUGGGCUGACAAUUUACUUGUCCGGCGCACAAGGGCAGGUGGUCGGUGGCGUCGUAGUGGGAGCGCUCAUUGCUUCCGGUCCAGUUGUGAUCAUGGCAGCAACAUUCAUGAACGCGACAUUCGACCGUCUGCCAUCUGACGACGAAGAAGUGGCAGCCACCAUGCAGAGUCAACAUUACGGCCAAAAUGGGCGGAGCCACCACCACCUGGAUGUUUCAGAUCUGUAUGGAGUGCCACAAAAUUUGAUCACCAAUAGCAGUCUUCCCCCGGAAUUAUACUCUUGGGCGACGGCUGGGAGAACCAUGUCAAAGACUUAAAAAACCACCCCGUUUAAUUCGUUUCCCACAUUGGCUAAUCUUGAGCUUAAUUAGCAUUUGUACUUUGAGAAGAACACUUAAUUUUACGUUUUGUUUCAAAGUUUGAUACUGUUUCUUUGUAAGCUUAUGUGUUUCGUGAACCUGUAUCAAUGUUCUUAGCUUGUGGCGGCCAUUUCACAAAGAGGCUUGGCUGCAUUUUUAACUUCAAUUUCAAAGGUUAAUUACCAUUUCUCUAUAUAUGGAAAAAAAAUUAGA